AUGGGCUAUUUGAACUUAUGGAUCCUUCCUGCAAGUAGGCUGAAAGCAGGAUCAGUAUGUUGUGAUAAGAAUCAGGUCUCAGGAGUUUUCGGGUGCCAGUGGGGUGAUGAAGGUAAAGGUAAACUCGUUGACAUCUUGGCCGAGCACUUUGACAUUGUUGCUCGUUGUCAGGGAGGAGCUAAUGCUGGACACACCAUUUACAAUGCAGAAGGAAAGAAGUUUGCACUUCACCUUGUUCCCUCAGGUAUUCUCAAUGAGGAUACUCUCUGUGUUAUAGGGAAUGGUGUUGUGGUGCAUCUUCCGGGCCUCUUUAAAGAGGUUGAUGGCCUCGAAUCUAAUGGAGUGUCUUGCAAGGGAAGGAUAUUGGUCUCUGAUCGUGCUCACCUCUUAUUUGAUUUCCACCAAGCAGUGGAUGGGCUUCGAGAAUCUGAGCUUGCUAAAUCUUUCAUUGGUACUACCAAGAGAGGCAUUGGACCUUGUUACUCUAGCAAGGUUAUCCGGAAUGGCAUUCGAGUUGGUGACUUGAGGCACAUGGAUACUUUACCUCAGAAGCUAGAUCUUCUGUUGUCAGAUGCUGCAUCAAGAUUCAAAGAUUUUGAGUAUGGCCCCCAGAUGCUUAGAGAAGAAGUAGAAAAGUACAAGAGUUUUGCUGAGAGAUUGGAACCCUUCAUUGCUGAUACUGUACUUGUUGUGAAUGAAGCCAUCUCUGAGAAGAAAAAGAUUUUAGUUGAAGGGGGUCAGGCAACAAUGUUGGAUAUUGACUUUGGAACGUACCCCUUUGUCACUUCCUCAAGUCCUUUAGCUGGUGGGAUUUGUACCGGUCUUGGCAUUGCUCCCAGAGUUUUAGGUGAUCUCGUUGGAGUGGUGAAAGCAUACACUACAAGAGUUGGUUCUGGUCCUUUCCCCACAGAAAACUUAGGUAAAGAGGGUGACCUUCUUAGGUUGCAAGGUCAGGAGUUUGGCCCAACUACUGGUCGCCCUCGUCGCUGUGGUUGGCUUGAUAUAGUAGCACUGAAAUACUGCUGCCAGAUUAAUGGCUUUUCUUCUCUCAAUCUCACCAAACUAGAUGUUUUGUCUGAUUUUCCCGCAAUUCAGUUGGGUGUCGCCUACAAAACUAGUGACGGCACACCAAUCAAAUCAUUCCCUGGAGAUCUUCGCCUUCUUGAGCAAGUGAAGGUGAAAUAUGAAGUAUUGCCCGGAUGGAAUACUGACAUCUCUAAUGUAAGGAGCUACUCUGAACUUCCAAAGGCUGCACGUCAGUACGUGGAAAGAAUAGAAGAACUUGUUGGUGUACCUAUCCAUUACAUUGGUGUCGGGCCUGGACGUAGGCCUGGCAAUUCAGCCCAUGACUCGUUAACCGCCCAUUAACCGCCCGCUAAAAACCCAUUUAUUUCCGCCCAAUAACUUAACGUGUUAAUGAGCUGCCAACCCGUUAGUUAACGGGCGGAAACGGUUUGCACGACGGAACCCAUGGAGCCCAAUUAGAAAGAAAAAAAAAACAGUCUAACACUCUAACAGUCUAACCCUCACUUCUCUCGCUGACACUCUCUUCUUCUCCAUUUUAGCUGCUCGAACCCUCUAGGCCACCCAUCUCUACGCCGCCGGCCGCCGCUGCCAAAGAGUUCGCCGACGGAACCCUCUACAGUCUACCCAUUUCUCUUCUUUCACUUCUCGCAACUCUUCAUUUUCAGCUUGUUCUGUUCUCGCCGACGGGCUCCAUGACCAAGAUCGAACUGAUUUGGAGCAACUUACUGAAGAUGUGUUGGAUUUGACAUUGAAUGGACAAGGCCACACCAACUAAAGACUUUUUUAGUUUCAUGUAAAGAUUUUCUUUGAAUUUGUAAUAUUUUAGUUUCAAGUAACAUUGGAUUCAACCUAUUAUGAGAAUUGUGAGUCUAAUAUGUUUCAAA